AUGUUGGACCUCCUCCUCCUCCUAAGCGUGGCUGGUAGCACGUUUGCUCAACAAGUCUACGUCCCAGUGAACGGCACUGUGCCCCGUCCUCAAUGUAGCUCGUCCUCGGAUUCCGCGCUUUACGCGACUGCCAGCCCAACAUACGCGUUCUCAACAUUCUCUUUCACGCAGACAGAGACCGUCCGGACAGCGACGUCGUUAGUGCCAUCUGCAACUACCGCUACAUAUGCCCCUCCCUACGAGUCACUCAGCCAUCUGUUGCCCAACCUAUCGACGACAACAUGGGGCAACUGGUACCCCGAUGCCACGGCCUCUCCAACAGAUACUGAGGACCCCUACGGACAGGCAGCAUGGUCAGCCCUAUGGGAGCGUGCCGCACUACCCAAUUUCACGACGAGGGGAAUAUACUCGACUACAGUUUCACCAACUCCGGUUCCUACGAGCGAGUUGGUCUUCCCACCUCCGGAUUAUUUUACGCCGCAGGACUGUUACACCUUCCCCAAGGGCUUCAAGUUAGGAGUUGCAGGCUCCGCUGCACAGAUCGAGGGAGCGGUUGCUGAUGAGGGACGAAGCCCGGGGAUCCUGGAGCUCAUCUCGCCUACGACGCCCAACUAUGUGGCCAAUGAGAACUAUUAUCUCUACAAGCAAGAUAUCGAGCGGCUGGCCUCCAUAGGAGUGCAAUAUUACUCCUUCUCCAUCUCUUGGGGCCGAAUCAUGCCCUUCUCCCUCGAGGGAUCUCCCGUCAACCAGCAAGGUCUCGACCACUACGAUGACCUGAUCAAUUUUGUCUUGGAGAAGGGCAUGCAGCCCUUGGUGACCUUGAUCCAUUUUGACACCCCUCUCACCUUCCUGGGAGAUCCAUCCCAACUUGGCGGCUCAUUCGGUUUACCGGGGGCCUACGACAACGCCACGUUUGAAGAUGCAUUCGUCCAUUAUGGCAAAGUCGUCAUGAUGCACUACGCCGACCGGGUCCCGGUAUGGUAUACCUACAACGAGCCACUGCUAUCGAGUACCAGCGGCAAGAGCUUUGAUACUGUGAUCAAGUCCCACGCGCGCCUGGCACACUUUUACCGCGAGGAGCUGAACGGCACCGGCCAGAUUGCGCUCAAGUUCAACAACAACUUCGGCGUGCCUCGAGACCCCUUGAACGAGGACGAUUUGAACGCCGCAUACCACUUCAACGACUUGCAGAUUGCGACCUACGGAAACCCGCUCUUCCUGGGCAAGGACUAUCCAGAGGCCUUCAAGAUGACGUUCCCGGAUUACGUGCCUCUCACGCAGGAAGACCUGGAGUACAUCAACGGCACAGCCGAUUUCGUAGGAAUCGACCCGUACACCGCGACGGUCGUCUCGCCUCCCAGCUACGGCAUCGAGGCAUGCGCUGGGAACCGCUCGGACCCCCUGUUCCCGCUCUGCGUCAACCAGUCGACCCAGACAACGACGGGCUGGAACAUCGGCUACCGCUCCCAGUCGUACGUGUACAUCACGCCAAAGUAUCUCCGGACGUACCUCAACUGGCUGUGGAACACCUUCCGCUACCCCAUCGUCCUCACCGAGUUCGGCUUCCCCGAGUUCGGCGAGUCUUCCAAGGAGGACCUCUCGGACCAGCUCUUCGACUCGGCUCGCAGCAACUACUACACCAGCUAUAUGAGCGAGGUGCUCAAGUCUAUCUGGGAGGACGGCGUAAAUGUGGCUGGUGCUUUUGCUUGGAGCUUCAUGGACAACUGGGAGUUUGGCAGCUUUGACCAGCAGUUUGGAAUCCAGACCGUCAACAGGACGACGCAGGAGCGGAGGUUCAAGAAGAGCUUCUUUGAUUUGGUGGACUUUGUUGCUACUAGAAUGCAAGAUUGA